AGUCCAUAAAAUUUAAAAAGGAGUAUGCCUUGGCCUCCCAUGACCCUCUUACCUCACAAUAAGGCCAUCUUUUACCUGGUUCAGAUUUGCAGACUAGGUCCAUUAGAUACCUUGUCAUUAAAUACCUAUAAUAUACCCUAAUCUUUGUAAUCUUGACAGGUAUUAUUUCCAUUUUAUAGACAGAUCCAGGAAAAUUACAUGACUUAUCGGAAUCCCUUCAAGUAUCACAGAGCAAAGCCAUGAUUUUAACUUGCGUUUGCCACUCUGAAACUCACACUGGAAUUCCUUUUUAAAGUGUCCUUCAAAGUCUAAUUAAAUAAAAUUAACCCUGUCAUCUAUAAUACUCUUACAUAUCCAAAUUAAGUACAUCAAGAAUAUCACUGGCCAUUUUUUACCACCCAUAGUCAAACCACCAUUAUGCUUCCUCUGGAUGAUUGCAACACUCUCUUUAUUGGUCUCUUUUCUCCUACCACGCCCUCCUCUGUGUAUUUUCCUUUAUGAGUGACCCUCUUAAAAGGAAGUCAGAUUCCAUCACUCUAAUGCUCAAAACCCUCCAAAGUCCUAUUUCAUUUAGAAUAAAAGUUAGACGUCCUCAAGAUCUUCAUGACUUGCUCGCCUUGAUUUAAUCUCCAGUGAAGGACUAAACCCUUUACUCAACUCUGACCUACAGGCUUCCUUGCUAUUCUAGCAGGUUUCUGCUUCAUGACCUUUGCAAUGGCUGGUCCCUCUGUCUGACUGCACUUCCCCAAGAUAUUCGCAUGGUUACAUCUCCCACUUCUGUCAGCCCUUUACUUCAAAGUUAUCUUUUCAGCAAGACCUUCCUGUGUCACUCUAUAACCUUCUUCCCUGCUUUGUAUUUCUCUUCAGGACUAUCACGACCUAAAAUACAGCAUGUUUCUAAUUACUUUGCUUAGAAUGUGCCUUCCUCACUAAAAUGUGAGCUACAAGUAGACAAAGAUUUCUGUCUGUCUUGUUCACUGCUCUUCACCUAAUGUCGAGAACGGUGCCUGGAAUAAACGCUUAAUAACUAUUCGCUGAAUGAAUAAAUUCCCGUCUUCACCCUUCUCUCCCCCAAAGCACCCAAGUCCUUUGACACACACAUUCACAUAACAGUAAAUACGCUUAGGGAUCGAUAUUUUUCGGUAGCAUUCUUAACUUAGCCCUGCAUCCCAUUUCUCAAACGUGGCUCCUUUAGAAGGAGGUCUCAAGCUCUUUCCUGUUUCCUCAGGCCAGGGCUGGUCCUGGUGCGAACGGACUACCCGUUAGCAACCGCAGGCCAGGUCCUCUCUCCUGGAGGCAAGUUACAGAAAGAAGACCCCUACGAUCGCAAUCCGCGAUCCCCGAGUGAGUGACCCUCCACGACGUCACUCACAUGAAGCGGUGGCCAGGGGUUCCGAGAAAGCCACAGCAGGAAGCAUAUUAUCUUAGAAGACCUAGGACUCCAAAAAUGUUUCCCCUGGAGGACGCUGAAAUGGGAGCCUUUACCUUCUUUGCCUCGGCUCUGCCACAUGAUGUUUGUGGAAGCAAUGGGCUUCCUCUUACACCAAAUUCCAUCAAAAUUUUAGGGCGCUUUCAAAUCCUUAAAACCAUCACCCAUCCCAGACUGUGCCAGUAUGUGGAUAUUUCUAGGGGAAAGCAUGAACGACUAGUGGUCGUGGCUGAACAUUGUGAACGUAGUCUGGAAGACUUACUUCGAGAAAGGAAGCCUGUGAGCUCUUCAACGGUUUUGUGCAUAGCAUUUGAGGUUCUUCAGGGCUUGCAGUAUAUGAACAAACAUGGUAUAGUACACAGGGCAUUAUCUCCUCAUAAUAUCCUGUUGGACCGAAAGGGACAUAUUAAAUUGGCUAAAUUUGGACUUUAUCACAUGACAGCUCAUGGUGAUGAUGUUGAUUUCCCAAUAGGGUAUCCCUCAUACUUGGCCCCUGAGGUAAUUGCACAGGGAAUUUUCAAAACCACUGAUCACAUGCCAAGUAAAAAACCAUUGCCUUCUGGCCCCAAAUCAGAUGUAUGGUCUCUUGGAAUCAUUUUAUUUGAGCUUUGUGUGGGAAGAAAAUUAUUUCAGAGCUUGGAUAUUUCUGAAAGACUAAAAUUUUUGCUUACUUUGGACUGUGUAGAUGACACUUUAAUAGUUCUGGCUGAAGAGCAUGGUUGUUUGGACAUUAUAAAGGAGCUUCCUGAAACUGUGAUAGAUCUUUUAAAGAAGUGCCUCACCUUCCAUCCUUCUAAGAGGCCAACCCCAAGUGAAUUAAUGAAGGACAAAGUGUUCAGUGAGGUGUCACCUUUAUAUACCCCAUUUACGAAACCUACCAGUCUGUUUUCAUCUUCUCUGAGAUGUGCUGAUUUAACUCUGCCUGAGGAUAUCAGUCAGUUGUGUAAAGAUAUAAAUAAUGAUUACCUGUCAGAAAGAUCUAUUGAAGAAGUUUAUUACCUUUGGUGUUUGGCUGGAGGUGACUUGGAGAAAGAGCUUGUCAACAAGGAGAUCAUUCGAUCCAAACCACCUAUCUGCACACUCCCCAAUUUUCUCUUUGAGGAUGGCGAAAGCUUUGGACAAGGUCGAGAUAGAAGCUCACUUUUAGAUGAUACCACUGUGACAUUAUCAUUAUGCCAGCUAAGAAAUAGAUUGAAAGAUGUUGGUGGAGAAGCAUUUUACCCAUUACUUGAAGAUGACCAGUCUAAUUUACCUCAUUCAAACAGCAAUAAUGAGUUGUCUGCAGCUGCCACUCUCCCUUUAAUCAUCAGAGAGAAGGACACAGAGUACCAACUAAAUAGAAUUAUUCUCUUUGACAGGCUGCUAAAGGCUUAUCCAUAUAAAAAAAAUCAAAUCUGGAAAGAAGCAAGAAUUGACAUUCCUCCUCUUUUGAGAGGUUUAACCUGGGCUGCUCUUCUGGGAGUUGAGGGAGCUAUUCAUGCCAAGUACGAUGCAAUUGAUAAAGACACUCCAAUUCCUACAGAUAGACAAAUUGAAGUGGAUAUUCCUCGCUGUCAUCAGUAUGAUGAACUGUUAUCAUCACCAGAAGGUCAUGCAAAAUUUAGGCGUGUAUUAAAAGCCUGGGUAGUGUCUCAUCCUGAUCUUGUGUAUUGGCAAGGUCUUGACUCACUCUGUGCUCCAUUCCUGUAUCUAAACUUCAAUAAUGAAGCCUUGGCUUAUGCAUGUAUGUCUGCUUUUAUUCCCAAAUAUCUGUAUAACUUCUUCUUAAAAGACAACUCACAUGUAAUACAAGAGUAUCUGACUGUCUUCUCUCAGAUGAUUGCAUUUCAUGAUCCAGAACUGAGUAAUCAUCUCAAUGAGAUUGGCUUCAUUCCAGAUCUCUAUGCCAUCCCUUGGUUUCUCACCAUGUUUACUCAUGUGUUUCCACUACACAAAAUUUUCCACCUCUGGGAUACCUUACUACUUGGGAAUUCCUCUUUUCCAUUCUGUAUUGGAGUAGCAAUUCUUCAGCAGUUGCGGGACCGGCUUUUGGCUAAUGGCUUUAAUGAGUGCAUUCUUCUCUUCUCCGAUUUACCAGAAAUUGACAUUGAACGCUGUGUGAGAGAAUCUAUCAACCUGUUUUGUUGGACUCCUAAAAGUGCUACUUACAGACAGCAUGCUCAACCUCCAAAGCCAACUUCUGACAGCAGUGGAGUCAGAAGUUCGGCACCUUAUUUCUCUGCUGAGUGUCCAGAUCCUCCAAAGACAGAUCUGUCAAGAGAAUCCAUCCCAUUAAAUGACCUAAAGUCAGAAGUAUCACCACGAAUUUCAGCAGAGGACCUGAUUGACUUGUGUGAGCUCACAAUGACAGGCCACUUUAAAACACCCACCAAGAAAACAAAGUCCAGUAAACCAAAGCUCCUGGUGGUUGACAUCCGGAACAGUGAAGACUUUAUUCGUGGUCACAUUUCAGGAAGCAUCAACAUUCCAUUCAGUGCUGCCUUCACUGCAGAAGGGGAGCUUACCCAGGGCCCUUACACUGCUAUGCUGCAGAACUUCAAAGGGAAGGUCAUUGUCAUCGUGGGGCAUGUGGCAAAGCACACAGCUGAGUUUGCAGCUCACCUUGUGAAGAUGAAAUAUCCAAGAAUCUGUAUUCUAGAUGGUGGCAUUAAUAAAAUCAAGCCAACAGGCCUCCUUACUGUCCCAUCUCCUCAAAUAUGAAGAACCAAGAGUGUGACUGCCAAAAGUCAGCGUGGCAUCAGCACCAACAGCACAGUUCUUCAUAUCCAUGCCACUCUCAGACAAAACUAGAUGUCUAGAUUGUUGCAUUUCCAUAAAGUUUGUCAUGAGACAUUUUUAAAAAUCUCAUAACCCACAUGUUCAGCUAUCUACACAAGAAACUUGACUGUACAUGUAUUGCUGAAAGAAUUUUUCUUAACAGUGAAAUCUGAUCAUAUAUUUUUACUACACUGCCACAUAAAGCCCAAGAAAUUCAGCUGAUGAGACAGAUUUAGCAUUAUCAAGAAAUCCCAGUUGCCCUGAAAAAGCUGUCCUCCAUUGUACUGAACAGACAGUCCUGUUGAUUGUAUUAUUUAUAAACAUACACUGAAUGUGGGCUAAAAUCAUCAUCUUUCCCUGAUAAUGAAAAUUGAGAAACUAUUCACAAUGCAUUCCUUAUAAAUAAAUGCUACAUUUAGUAACUCAUUUCACCCAAACAAGGGUGUGUGUGUGUAGGGGAAGUGAAGUUUAUCCCAUUGCAGAAAGUGGUAAUAUUUACUCCCAGAAAAAUGACAUUUAGAAACCAUUCAUAUUUGAUAGAAUAUUUGGUCAGUUCCUGUAGGAAAGAAGAAUGGCUUCAACAAAUUUUCUAGUUUCUUUAUCACAUGAAAUUCUGUACAGUCAGUCUAGGGCUAGUAUACUGGUUUCCUGAUCAUUAAGAACUCAUUAUCUUCUCUCAUUGCUUUACCAACCUCAAUACGUGUCAUCAUCUCAUGGAUGAAAAUAGCUCCUCAGCUUCUAUCAUCACAUCUGUUAUCUAGAAGGAAGAGAAUGAGGGAAGGAGGGAGGGGAUGAAGAGAAAAAAAGGAA